GUGUCCCAGUAUAGUUGCGUGGUCUUCUUAAUUUUCGUCUAUUUUACAUGGAAGUAUUACUUUUUGUUAUGAUUUGAAAUGUAAUCUUGUAUAUUUAAUUUGAAAAGUUUGUUUACAAACUAUAACUAUGUCCGUGAUGGAGCAAGAGGUGGAAACCGGAUACAAAGUCGUUUGCUGUACCUGUUUGAGCACAGAUCGGAAUUUAAUAUCCAUAAAUGGCUUAGCUCCGGUGUAUCAGAUAUUUCGCCUGCUUAUGUACGAUUUUGCGGGAGACAGGUUUGAUAACAGUCUGUCCACAAUGGAACAGAUAAUCUGCUGGGAGUGCCUGGCGAUGAUGAAAAAGUUCAUCAGAUUCAAGCGCCAGGUGCAUAGCGCACAGGAGCAUAUCCGAGUGCUUGCACUGAGCGGCUCUCAAGAGACCAUGGACCACACAUACAUGUCCCAAUCGCUCUCAAGCCUAGAAAUAACCACAAAAACUGAGUACGACAGUAUAUUCUUUGACUACACGACCCGGGACGAGUGGCCACAGUACAUAGCCGUCAGCUCAGCGCAGAAUGUGAAGCAUGAGCAGUACGAUGUGGCACAGGCGGUCAGAGAGAACAUCCACUUGGAGAUGGACGGACAUAUGCUGGAAGUGCCGGAGAUAGUCCUAGAGAACGCGGUGACGGGAGUAAUGUCUCACAUUGUGGUGGGCACCGACGACAUCUCCAGAAUCGAGACGUAUCGCAUGAAAGGGGAACUUGAAGAACUAAACAUAGAAACGAUCGCAUCGCCGCCGAAGAUCGAAGCAGUGAUAAUAUCAAAACCACCCAAAUUGAAGGAGGAAAAAACUCCAGCGUCAAAGUUGAAAUACUUCACAGAGUUCAUGACUGAGGAUGAAAUGCUCGCUUCAAGAAGCAACGGGCUAAUAGUAAGCUCGGUGUAUAAAUGCGAACUGUGCAUCAUCGGGUUCUACACGCAACAACAGGUGGAGGACCACUUCGUCUCCGACCACAGGGCUAAACCCGGCUACUCCCCCUGCAAAGUCUGCUACAAGUAUGUCGAAGACUCGAAGCUACAGCCCCACGUGGAGACGCACUACCUGCGGCAUAUCUGCAAGCUGUGCGGGCACUCGGCGCGCCUGCUGGCCGCCAUGUUGGCGCAUCAGGACGCGCACGUCGCUAAGCCUGCGCCUGCGCAGCUGCUCAUCGGGGGCACUGAACAGAGGAAGAGCCGUAAGAAAAAGGAACCCCCAUCGAACCCCCCCAAACCCGGUGAUCUACGCAAACUGCUCUCCAAGACUACUAUAGAAGGCUACCAGUGCCUCGAGUGUGACAUGUUCUUCAAGAACUCCCGCGCUCGCAAGAACCACGUGGCCCGCUUCCACAGAGAAGGCUUACAGUGCGACCAUUGUAAGAAACGCUUCGUCAACCGAACCACGCUGGCUACACAUUUGAGACUGCACGAAGGCCCGCUCCCAAAAGAAGAAUGCCCGAUCUGUCACAAGAUGGUGCGCGUUAUACAACUCAAAUACCACAUACAACGGCACGAGAACAAGAGCAGAUACGAGUGUGUCGACUGCAAGAAGAUAUUUUCUCACCUGGCGACAUAUCAAGCCCACUUGAAGUACUCUAGAGCUCACGCCUCCGAUCAAGUCUUCAAAUUCCCGUGUCCCAUGUGCAAUAAAGGGUACCCGACCAAAGAGGCGAUGCAGGACCACUUCAACUACCAGCACCUCGGCAAGACCGCUCACAAGUGCCCUGUCUGCGAUAAGCCUAUAGCGUCCCGGGCAAACGUGGAAAAGCAUAUGAUGCGAGUCCACGGCGAGAAAAAAGAGAAGCCGCGGAACCACGUCUGUCAGAUAUGCAGGAAGGCGUUCACUGACAAAAAAGCCCUGAACCAGCACGAAGUCAUCCACUCGGGGGCUCGUCCGCUCACGUGCGACCUCUGCCAGCAGAGCUUCAAGCAAAAGGCUUCGCUAUACACACACAGGAAACGGGUGCACAAGGUCUUCCCCGCUAAGAAACAGGUCGAAUUCAUGUCCAAAGACCAGUAAACUCCUCAAUUACAGCCUGGUUAUACACCAUAAAAUUAAAAUCUUGAAAAAAAAAAUACCCCCACAUAGUAAAUAACAAUAAUAAAUAAAUAUUGGGGGACACCUUACACAGACCAACUUAGCCCCAAACUAAGCAAAGCUUGUACUAUGGGC